UUUGACAAACUACGUGUAUACGGCCAGUACCAGCGUUAAAGAGCGGUUGAUAAGCGAUAUGUGUUAAUGUUAUAUCCGCCAUGUAUGUGCAGUGUGUUAAAAUUCCCGGGAAGCGUGUAGUCGCCGCUUUUUACUAAUUUUAUGUUGCUGUGAACUAGCUUAAUUAGCUAACCGUUGUUGUCAACGGUAACCUAGCAGCCAAAGCAUCACAUCAUGGAAACCACAGGAUGGAUGCUUACUGUAAAUUAAACUUAUUUGUAGCCUAUAUUCUGCGUCUACCACAUUAAACUUGCCUUAGCUUAAAUAGUAACAGACGUUCGGUUCUAACGUUUUAACGUAGAAACCUUAGCGUCUAACGUUAGCUAGGUGUUUCACGAUGAAUUUCUCGUAGCAGUUUGUGGAGUAACGUGCCUAACGUUAAACGUCGUCACAAAUAUCAGCGUAAUGCGAAGAAUAAGUUUUUUUUACGAAAUUUAACGAGCACAUCAGUGUUAGCCUAACUACAGUGAACUAGCUGUCCAGCUAACGAAUAUUUUGUAGUUCUCACUAAACUGACUGCCCAAUUCCUGGUUAACUCUUUACAAACACACUAUAGCCAAGAUGCCUGCUGCUCUUGAGUGGGAUAAAGUGACAAGAAUUGACCCGGCUACCCUCCAUGAAUGUGAAAAAGACCAUGUGGACGAGGUCUUCAACAUGUUCGUUUUGACAGAAGACUGGGGGGUGAAGGAUAAAACUCCUGAAAACAUUAUUAAAGUCCUCAGUGUGUUCCAGGCCAUGCUGAAGAUUAGGGAUCGGGAACUUACUCUUGCCUACAAGCUAAUGGAGGAUAUUGUUGUUCAGCAAUCUAAAACUGAGAAGCUCAAUGUCAAGAUGUCGAGGCUGGAACAAGAAUGCCAGCACUCCGGAACCGGGCCAGACACCCGCUUUCUGAGAGAUGAGAUUCGGCAGCUCGAGACCCAGCUGGAGCAAAGAGAGAAGGAGUUGACCCAGUUAAAGAGAGAGAUGGGCAAGGAAAAGAAAACCAACGAGGAGUUGGUUGUGCGAGCAGAGGAGGCUGAGGAUGAGGUUAAGAAGCUGAAAAGAGAGAAUGAGCAGCUCCAGCAAGAUGUAGACUUCUAUCGGGGAGAGCUGGACCAGAAGGAGCCGGGUCCAUCCAGAGACGAGAAUGCUGAGACCCAGAGGAGGCUCAACUCGGCCAACCGCCAGCUCUGCCAGUGCUUGGAAGACAUUCAGCGAGUCGAGGAUGAAAACCUAUAUCUGAAGACGCAAAACGAGCAGCUGCAGAAAAGUCUGGAGGAGUCUGUGAAGGAUAUGGACAAGAUGACAGACAAGUACAACAGGAUGAAGAUUAUUGUACAACAGACUGACUCCAAUAUGGACCAGCUCAGGAAAGAGAGAGAUCAUUCAAAGCUUCAAGUCAGAGAGUUAACAGAUAAGAUUCAUUGCAUGACUGAAGAGGAUGACCCAAUUAUGGCAGCAGUCAAUGCCAAAGUGGAGGAAUGGAAGAGAGUUCUAUCUGGGAAGGAUGAUGAAAUUCUGGUGUACCAGCAGAUGAUCCGUGAUCUGAGGGAAAAGCUACGUUCAGCCCAGCUGGACUUGGACAAAAGCAACAUCAUUGCCUUGCAGCAGGCCGUCCAAGAGAGAGAUAAUCAAAUCAAGAUGCUGAGUGAGCAGGUGGAGCAGUAUACAGGCGAAAUGGAGAAGCACACCUUACUCAUUGAGGAGCUGAAGACAUCCACGAAGAAAGACAGAGGCCUACCAUCGACCAUACAGCAGAGAAAGAUGGAAGAGCUGAAGUCUAAGCUGGAAGCUGCAUUAGCCAGAGCAGUGGAAGCAGAGCGGGGAGUAAAGCUUGCGGAAGCUCAUGCUGAGGAAAAAGACAAAGCACUCAUUGAGGCUUCAAACCGCUUGAGCCAAUACGAGUCUGGCACUUAUGGCCUGGAAGCUGCCAUUUUAGAGAUCAAAGAGUCUAAAAAUCAAAUUAGAGUGAGAGAUUGUGAAGCAGAGGCCAUGACCAAAGAGAUCAACCAGCUUGAGAUGAGAAUCAAUGACCUCAUGGACGAAAACGAGGAUUUCCGAGAAAAACUAGGUCUGGAACCAAAGCAGGAAGUGGAUCUGACAGAAUUCAGGCGAGCCAAAGAUCUCAGGCAGCGCCAGUACAAAGCAGAAAACCAAAUCCUCACUAAAGAGAUUGAACGGCUUGAAGAGGAAAGACUGGAGCUAAAGAAGCAAAUAAGACGCAUGGUGAAGGAAAGAGCUGUCUCUGCAGGGAUCCCACAGUCGAGCUUGCUUCUGGAGGAAGACAUCAGGCCCAGCAGAGCUGUGCCACUUAAACAAAGCAGCACUUACACAGAUGAAGAGAUCGGACAAAAAAAUGAGUACCUAGAAAAAGAACUGAGCAAAAAGGAGAGAGAGCUGGAACUUCACAAGACCCAGUUUCAAGUCAAAUUGGACGAACUGUCAAAAGUGAAACAAGACCUGGAGGCAGCACUGAAAGACGUCCUCCAAGCCAUGAAGAUUAAUCAAGAGACAACUCCAUCUCAUGGUGCCAUUAAUAUUGCCAAUCUGGAAAGGGUGGCUAAUGCUGUAGAUGUCAACAACAUGGGUGGUCAGUCUGAGUCAGCCCAGCACCUCAAGUCCCAAAUUCAUCAGCUGGUGGGGAGAAAUGAAGAACUGAGGCAGGAAUUGAAAUCAGCCCGUGAGGAAGCAACAAGCAGCUUUAGCCAGUUUGCCAGAGCCAAAGAAAAGGUGAGCCAACUAGAAGGUGAAUUGGAGCUGCUCAGGAAAUCAGGCAGCAGCGGAGUUGUGCUCCGACCUCUGACUCUUCCAGAGGGCCUGGGGCCCAGUAGCUCUGAGAUCAUCAGUUCCCUGAAUGAGUACACUGUUCGACUUCUUCAGGAGCUCAAAAACAAGGAGGACCAAAGCAAGAAACUUGUGGGAACACUGGAGGAAUACAAAGAAAAGUUUGCUGUUAUCUGCCACCAACAAGGACUCCUCUAUAAAGAAUACCUAAGUGAAAAGGCUGAAUGGCAGAAGGAGAAAGAGACAUUUACAGAGGCGAAGGACAAGCUGGAGGUGCAAAAGCAGGUGGAUGCUGUUAAAAUCCAAGAGUUCAACGAGCUGCUAGACACCCUUCAGAAGGACCCAGAGGAAAUCAGGAGACAGUUGAGUGAAGCAUUGCGCAAGUUGACGGUGUUGAGGGUCAAUGAGAAGAAACUGACACGGCGCUACACCACCCUGCUGGAGCAGGAACAGCACCUCCGCAAGGAGAACAGCAAACUAAGGGACGAGAGCAGCCACAUGCAGGCUUCCGUCACUCAGCGGAUAGGCUACCUGCAGAGAUAUAAGGAAAUGGCUGCAUAUAAGAUAGCAGCACUGCAAAAGGCCUUGGAUGACAGUGUGCCCUCAUCAGACCUGGAGAAGGCUAAUAAACAGUAUACAGAGCUCACAGUCAAAUACAGAGACAUGCUGCAGUGGGACAGCCGCCUCAUACAGAGAACCACCAACCUUGAACAUUUGGAGAGUGAGAAUCAGUCUCUCCGGGAGCAAAUCUCCGCCAUGAAUAAAGAACUGGAGAUCACAAAGGAGAAACUGAAUACUUUGGAGCAAGCAUGGGAGAACGUCAGUUCAGUUGGAGGUGAAAAUGGCAUGGAUAAGGCAAGCAAAGCACUGUCCAACAAUGAAAUGGUAUCGGCGGCCAGAAGAAUCACCACUCUGGAGAUGAAGGAGCUGAAUGAGAGGCAGAGAGCUGAGCAUGCCCACAGAAUGUAUGAACAUGUGAGGAAUUCUCUCAAGCAAGUGGAAGAGCGCAAUUUAGAAUUGGAGUCCAAGUUUGCAGAGCUGACAAAGAUGAAUGUAGAGGCCCAGAGGGUGGAGCGGGAGCUGAGAGAUGAGCUGGCAGACAGUGUCAGCAAAGCCGUGAGCGACGCUGACAGAGCCAGGAUUACAGAGUUGGAGAAGGCUGAGGCUGAGCUCCGCAUCGAGGUUUCUAAGCUUCAAGAGGUUUCUGAUGUGGCCAUGAUGCAGGUGUCUGCUCUACAAGCCAGACAACAGUCCAAGGAGAAGGAAGUAGAAGCUCUGAGGAGACAAAUACUGGACUACCAGUCACAGUCAGAUGAGAAGACCCUCAUUGCAAAGCUCCACCAGCAUAUCGUGGCUCUCCAGCUCAGUGAAUCAGCUGCUUUGGCCAAGCUGGAGGCUGCCACCUCUCACAUCCAACAGCUGGAGGCCUACAAGCUGCGUGCUGAACAGCGGCUGGAUGCUAGUGAGCGCACUCUGUUCCUUGCCCGCCAGGAGGGCAGAAAUCGGUCCAAACACCUACGGCAGACCAUCCAGUCACUGCGUAGGCAGUUUGCUGGAGCUCUGCCACUUACCCAGCAGGAAAAGUUCUCUGUGACUAUGGUGAGCCUCCAGGAGGAUAGAGCAAAAGCCCAGGAAGAGAAGAGGAAGGCAGAGAUGGAGAGGAGGAGAGCAGAAGGCAGGGCUGAAGAACUGGAACUGAAGCUUCAAGGGCUGGAAGAGCUCAUCUCAACACUGAAGGAUGUAAAAGGGGCCCAGAAGGUAACAGAGUGGCACAAGAAGAUGGAAGAAGCUUGUCUACAGGAGCUGAGGAAAGGCAGGGAACUCACAGUCCAGAAGGAGGAGAUCAGGUACCUGAAGAAUCUUGUAGAGGAGCAGGAGAAAACCAUUCGCUCACUGGAAGAGGAUAUUGUGCAGCAAAACAUGCUUCAAGAAGAACGUCAGCUUGCAUGGGAUCAGCGAGAGGUGGAGCUGGAGCGGCAACUGGACCAGUACGAGAAGCACCAGGACGAAAUUCUGAGCAGUGCAGAGAAGUUUGAGGAAGGUACAGGCUUCCUACCAGACCCGAGUCUACCCCUUGCUCAUCAGUUGGAGUUUGCUUUGAGUAAAAUCAGAGAGCAUGUCCGCACCAUCUUGGACACACAGGCCACCUGCAAAAGUUUGGAUGAGAAGUUGAAAGAGAAAGAAGCAGCUCUGUGGAAGGCAGAACAGAACAUUGUGUCCAGGGAUAAAGUGAUCAACGAGCUACGUCUUCGGCUCCCAGCUGCUGCCAACAGAGAACGCCUGCUAGCUGACCUUGCGAAGCAUGAAGAGGGCCAGUCAGACAGUCAGCCUGCCUUCAAGCUGGCUCACCAGACCAUCAAAGACCUCCAGUGUCGACUUGACAAAAAAGAAGAUGUGCUGAAGAAAUACCAGAACCAACUGACUCAGGCCAGACAGGAUCAAGAGGAGAUGAUAAAGAGACAUCAGGAGGAGCUUAAAAUGCUGCAUCAGAAACUGGACUUGUACACGGACACCUCCCUGGACCGCUUCAAACAGACAGCAAUGGAACUGAUGAAAAAGCCCAUUAUCAAGGUGCCAACCUCAAAGCAUCUGGAGCGCCUGGCUGAGUUAGAGCAGACAGUGGCUGAGCAGGACCUCUCACUCUCCUCUGCCACAGAGAAACUGAAGCUGACCACUGCCGAGCUGGAGCGACAGAGGACCGCCAUGGAAACACAGGCUAAGAAACAUGCAGAGGAGAUGUCAAAGCUGGAGGAGUAUCACGCUGCCCGGGUGAAAACUCUGACUCACGAGACUGAGGAUCAGAGGAGCCAGAUCGCCCAGAUGGAGAGGGAGAUUAACUACCUCCAAACUGAGCUGGAGGCCCAGAAGGAGGCUAACGUCCGCUCCCCCAGCAACACCAUGAAAAACCUGGUUGAACGACUCAAAGCACAACUCACCCAGAAAGAGAAACAACUCAAGGCUCUCAGUAAGGCUCUGUUGGAGCUGCGGGCAGAGAUGAUGUCUGCUGCAGAGCAGCAAGUCAUAGCCAGUGCUGCACAGAAAGAGGAGAGUCUCAAUGUGCAGAUGUUGAUUGACAGGCACACCAAAGACCUAAAGAUGCGGGUGCAAGAACUUAAUGAAGAACUUCAAGCUGCAAAAGAGUCUGCCAAGGCAGCCAGAGGUCGGGAGAACACCCUGAAAGAGGAAGUGGAGUGCCUGAACCAGGACCUCCAGAGAAGUCAGAAAACCCAGAGACGCCUGCAGACUGAAAAGGAGGAGAGGGAGCAGGAAAUCCAGGAGGUUAAGCAACAAAUGAAGAGGCUCAGCAGUGCUCUUCAGAAUCAACCAGAACCAGAUGGGAAGGGGCCAACCAUCGAGAAUCUGCAGAAGAAGAUCAGGAGGCUGGAGUCUGACUUGGAGAAAAGAGCAGAAAUGAAAAAUAUCAAAGACGAUCAUGCAAAGACCAAAGAAGAAAUUGUGCGGUGGGAGGAGGGUAAGAAAUGGCAGGCUAAAAUGGAAAAAGUGAAGAAUUCAGUGAAGGAGAAGGAACGAGAAAAUGAGUCCCUGUUCAAACAGCUCAGCACUCUUAAAGACCUCUAUGGCAGACUGGAGCAAGAGAAGGGCGCACUGCAGAAAAAGCUGAAGGCCAGAGGAGUGACUGCUGAUCAGGUGGUGGGGGUGAGAUCCACUGAAAUGGAGAAGGAAAUGGAGGAGCUAAAGAAGAAGAACUCGGACCUGGAGACACAGAUCCUCACCAUAAAACAGCACCAGGCUUUACCUCGUGAUGACGCCAUGGAAAACCUGACCACGAGGAACCGCUACCUAGAGGAGAGAGUCCACACUUUAGAGAGUCAGAUGUCCAAAGAGCCACUGUCAAGACCCUCUACUUCAGGACGAGGCACUGGCACUCCCUCACAGAGAGAUCAGGACCUCCAAAAAGAAAAUCUCAAGCUGGCCUCUGAGAACCUGGAGCUGCGCUUCCAACUGGAGCAGGCCAACAAAGACUUACCAAGGCUCAAGAAUCAAGUUGCAGACCUUAAGGAGAUGUGCAGUGCACUGAAAAAGGAAAAGGCAGAGGUGCAGAAAAAACUGGCUCACAUGCAUGGAGCUGGUCACAGUGGGAAAACAGUACCUGAACUUGAGAAAACCAUUGGGUUGAUGAAGAAGGUGGUGGAGAGGGUGCAGAGGGAAAACGAGACGCUGAAGAAAUCCAGCGCACCUGCAAAUCAAGACAAGGUCGUUGCUCUGGAGCAAGAAAACGAAAAACUGAAGGCUGGUUAUGAGAAACUGAAGAGUGAAAGUGAAGCUGAGCUGAGUUCAAAACUGGAAUCUAAAACCAAAGGACUGGAGAAAAUAGUGAUGGAGAAUGAACGUUUACGCAAGGACAUCAAAAGGGAAAUUGAGGCUGCAGAGAAACUGAGAGUGAGCAAAACGAGUCUGGAGGUGAACAACGAGAAGCUGGAGGCAGAGUUGGAAGAAACAAAGCAACGGCUUCUGGCAGCUUUGUCCAGACCCAUCACAGAGGGAGCAGACAGCAAGACCUGGAAGGCAUCUGUGGUCACAAGAAUGUUUGAGAACAAGAUGAAGGAACUGGAGAAGGAGCUCUCCCAGAAAACCUCCACCCUCUCUGAACUCCGACAGCAGCUGAAGGAAGUGAACGCUCGUGAGGAAAGAGCUCAGACAAACAUCCGACAACUCGAGGAUCAGGUUGACAUGUUAAAAAGCUUUCCCACCGCUGCAAAGACGGAGGCGGGACUCACCAAGGAGUUUCAGGCAAUGAGAUUGGUCAACACUGAGCUGCAGAAGGAGAACAGAGAUCUGAAGAAGAGGCUCAACGAGUACAGUGAGCGAUAUGGCGAGACAUCUUCUAAACUAGAUUACGGGAAGGUCAAAACUCUUCUGCAGGCAGCUGAAGCUGAGAAAACGAAACUUGAGGCCGAGGUCAAAAAGCUGAAGAAAGAACUGGAGAACUUUGACCCAACAUUUUUUGAAGAGAUUGAGGACCUGAAAUAUAACUACAACGUAGAAGUCAAGAAGAACAUUCUGCUGGAGGAACAGCUGAAGAAGGUGUGUGAUCAGUUUGGUGUAAAAGCUGAAAUGCCCGGUGUGUCCAUCAGUUAACUCAGGGUUACUGUGCCUACAAC